AGUCCAAACUGGGAGUGGUAGUUGUGGGAGGCUUACCCUGAAGCCUGGUUAUAGAGAAAGAAAAGUGACAUCAAGAGAGGGGAGGCCUAAGUCAUCAUCAUGUCACUUUCCUAACUCAGAAAUCUUCAGUGCCAGCUAUUUCCUGGCUAAUCAAAUGGAAACUCCUCUACCUGGUUUUUAAGAGCCUUCAUUCUGACUCCAGUCUCUCCAAGGCAACACAAUUUUGUGUGUUUGUGUUAAACAUUUUACCAGUAGACACCUGUGUCAGUUGUUAAGCUCUUGUCUUGUCUCCAAACCUACUCUUCUGUACCUGGCAUGGUGGUGCUGGGGCCAGGAGUCCACAAACCAGAUUUGAGCUUCACCAGCUGCCCCCUAUUAGGGGGCGCCAAAGGAAGACUGGAAGCCUGGAGAACUAAGAAGGGAUUGCUCCUUCCUGUUUGCUUAUGGAACUUUCUGGGGGGCUUCCUGUUGACUUGCAUUUUCUGUGAGAGGACCCACCAACACUUCUUCACCUCAGCAGAGGCAGAGCCUUUCUGCAGCUGCAGAGUCCAGUUUGCAGUUUUGCCAGCACUUGGAGAGCCAGCUUCAUUUUCUCCCCUGAGAGACAUCCGGACCAGCUGGGCAGCAGCUUUUCCUCAGAUCCUAGUGGGACCAUGGAUCUGUUUGGAGAUAUAGACGACGUUUCGUCUGAGAGUGACGAGGGCAAUCAACCACCUAUUCCAGGACAGCUGGUUGAUGAACAUGGAGUGCCUCAGGACCAGCAGGAGGAAGAGCCAAUUUCUGAAACCAUAAUAGAAGAAGAAAUUCCCAGUAUCAACUCUGAUUUAGGAAAUGAAUUGUAUUUUGUUAAACUACCCAAGUUUCUCAGUAUAGAACCCAAACCUUUUGAUCCUCAGUUUUAUGAAGAUGAAUUUGAAGAUGAGAAAGUGCUUGACGAGGAAGACAGAAUCAGGUUAAAAUUAAAGGUAGAAAAUACUAUAAGAUGGAGGAUACGCCGGGAUAAAGAAGGAAAUAAAAUUAAAGAAAGCAAUGCUCGGAUGGUCAAGUGGUCAGACAGAAGCAUGUCCCUGCAUUUAGGCAAUGAAGUGUUUGAUGUGUACAAAGCCCCGCUGCUGGGCAAUUACAUCCACCUGUUUAUAAGAGAAGACACUGGUCUACAGGGACAAGCCGUCUUUAAAUCCAAACUUACCUUUAGACCUCACUCUAGAGACAGUGCCACAUACAGAAAGAUGACCCUGCCACUUGCUAAUAGAAGUUCAAAGACACAGAAAAUUAGAAUCUUACCAAUGGCGGGUCGUGAUCCUGAAGGCCAACACACAGAAGUGAUGAAGAAGAAAGAAGAACGCUUGAGGGCUUCCACUCAACGGGAGUCUCAGGCAAUCCAUCUGCGGGAGAAGCGCUACCAGGAGUGGCCAAGUGUCUCCUACCAGGACCCUGGCAGUGACAGUGCGGAGGAGGAAGGCAAGGACACCUUCAGCCUGGCUGCUAUUAAAAACUAUUAUCAAGGUGAACUCCAAGGUGAGUCAGGUAAACCUUCCAGAAAGAGGAAAGCAGAGCAUGAAGAGGAAGAAGAUGAUAUAAAGCCCUAAAAUGUGCACUCAUUGUAUUCAAUAGUUUGUUUUAAAACAAUUAUGAAAUGACUUGUUUUAAUUGAAGUUGAGUUGCUUUUGCAUAAUCCUAGUUGUGAAUAAAAAGUUUUCAAAAGCAA